AAAUUGCUAUUAUAACGUAUAUUACUAAUCAUCUUGACAUCACGCCGUCAUUUAGGAAACCUGAAAAAUAAUAUUAUCGAAAUGACCAACGAUGCCUUCCAAGAACGUCACAAUCAAUUCAUUGAUUCGAUAUUCUCGCGUAUCAAUCGCAUUGUGGCCGACAAUUACGAUCCCUUUGUGGUGCGUUUACAUGCCAGAGCGGCUACAAAGAAAGCAUCCAGCGGUGCCAGUUCAACAGGACAUGUGACGGCCUCGUCAACGUCGUCUAAAGCAAAGCCAGCAAAAUCAUCUAUGACAACAAAGCAUAAACUAAAAAAUACCAAGUCAGAGCCGCGCUCGAUGACUACCGAGGGCGAGGAGGAGAUGAAGGUGGAACCACGUCGGCGCAUGGAUGUGAGCGAUGCUAAGACACAAAGCAAAUUACAAGAACAGCUGCAACAGUUGCAAUUACAGCAGGAGCAAAGCAUCAAAGCGUUCGCUGCUGAGAAAAAAUCGGAUGCCAGUGAUGAUGCUAAAUUAACGGGAAAUGUUGUCGGCUCUGUUAUAUUGCCUGAAAUGCGCACCGUACUAAAUGGUGAGGCGAAUAAAGCCAGUACCAGCGCGGAUAUCGCCGCCGGUACAAAGAAAACUUCAAACAAUAAAGCACAUAAGACACAUACAAAAAAAAAUCAUACCAACAGCAACAACAAUAACAACCAUGCUACUAGCGCCAAACUAAAACAGAACACCAAAAGCAAUGCUAAUGCCAACAGCAACAAUGCCGCCAUCGCUAAUGGCAAAGAAGUUGAAAAACUGCAAAAAGCCGAAGGCAGCCUCUCUGGCUUGGCUUCACUGAAGCGUGUGGGCAAUGUGAAAGUGGUCGCCGAUCCGGAAGGCUCCAACUCAACCAUAAAGGCCAAAUUCACUUUGGGUCCAUUGACUCUGCGCGUCGAAAAGUCAUUCAAACGCGGCAGUGUGCAUAGUGUUAAAAGCGCCACCGCCCGUACCAACGAGAUGAUUGGCCGCAUCAAAUUCGGAGUUGUCAACGAUCGCGCCACACUCAUGUCCAUCAAGGUGCAGCAGCCCAAGCAGGUUGGUUGGGUGGAGGUGGAGAGCAAGGACAACCACGACCGCACACGUGAAUUCGUUUGGCGUCGAACACCGAAAAUCGCCAAGCUGGUUAAUGAGAAAUUGAAAUUGGCUGCAGAAUCGCUAUUCACCACUCAAGGCGUCGAGGUGGUGAGGCUGUAAAGCCGCUCAUGACGGGCUUAUAAAAUGUAGCUUAAUUUAUACGAAUAUUAUUAUAAAUUCUAUGCCUUUGAGUAAUUUCGAUUAUUUGGGUAAUUUGAGGUCGUCUUCGGCCGUUGGUUUCUAACGCACUUAAAUAUUUAAGAAAAAAUAUAAUAAUAAAAAUUUCCUUAAGUACCUAAUGGAAAUUCUAUGGACAUUUAACUAUUUAUUGAUCUAUUUAUAUACCUUAAUGUAGGAUUAUCAUAAAUAACAGCUUUUUGCAACAUUGCAAAGUUUAUUUAUAUUAUUUAACCCAUUCUAUUCUUUUUUGUACUUU